AUGGCUCAAGAGUCGCGGCAGUACGAGUUGGUGCUCCUGGGAGCCACUGGAUACACGGGCAAACUCGUCGCCGAAUGGAUCACGACACAUCUGCCUGAUGACCUCAGGUGGGCCAUCGCGGGACGCAAUGCAAAGAAGCUACAGGGUGUUGUCAAGGAAUUGUCCGAACUGAGGCCCGAUCGCAAAGAGCCAGCCAUCGAAACCUGCGAGCUCGAGCAAUCCCAACUCGACGCACUUGCCAAAAAGACUACACUUGUAAUCACAACUGUAGGCCCAUUUAUGCACUAUGGCGAGCCCGUCCUUGCCGCCUGCGUUAACAACGGCACGCACUACCUCGACUCAACGGGCGAGGUGCCCUGGAUCUACGACAUGAUUGCAAAGUACGAUGCGCUUGCCCAAAAGAACAAGACCAUCAUCAUUCCAGAGUGCGGCCUCGACUCUGUUCCUGCAGACAUCAUGGCGUACGUGCUUGCGCGAGAGGUGCGCAAGCGGUACAAUGCUGCAUGCGAGCGCGCCAUCAUGACGCUGUACAGAUUCAAGUCUGGAAUUAGUGGCGGCACCUCGCUUACCAUGCUCGAGCUGUUCAAAAACUAUUCGCUCAGCCAUUUAGCGAAAUCAAUGCAUCCGUACUCGCUGUCACCGGUCAAGGCGGACAAGGUUGCCGCGCCGCCUGCAGGAAGCUUUCCGUAUAGUCUUGUUGGCCUGAAGAUGAUUCCCGAGCUGGGCGGUGUUCAAACCACCGGAUUGAUGGCUCCCGUUGAUGAAUGCAUUGCACACCGCUCAUGGGGCCUCUACCAAUCCUCAGGCGACGAGACACUGCAAUACGGCCCCCGGUUCCGGUUCAACGAGUACGCGCGCGCACCAAGCUUUUUUGCUGGUCUCGCUCAGAAGGUGGUGCUUACCUCCAUCUCCAUCUUACUCGCUUUUCCCCUAACAAGAUGGGUCGUCGAGCCGCUCUUCAAGAUGGUGAUUCCCAGCCCGGGCCAGGGACCGUCCAGGGAAAGCAUGAAGAAGGACUUUAUGCAUUACCGUGGCGUAGGCUGCACCGAAGAUGGAAAAAAGGUAGUCGCCAAUCUAGAAGUCGCUCAUGGUGGCUAUGCUGCGACGGCCAUUACGCUGAGCGCGGCUGCCAAGCUGAUGCUCAGGGGGAGGCUUGACCAGACAGAGGCUGGGAGGUUGGGAGGUGGUAUUUUGACGCCGGCGACGCUAGGUGACGAAUACGUGAAUACGUUGAAUGAGUUUGGCAUGAAGAUCAGGGUAGACGAGUAG